UCUGUCAUGUUUUUACAAGUCACUCAGUAACACUACCAUAUUAAAAUAUUUGCUAAAAACGUUAGAUAAGAAUGUCAUCCAUCCAAGAUUUGAAACUAAAAGGAGACAAGAUUAAUCUAGAGACAAGAUCGUUGAGUAAAUGCAGCACUGCCAGCUCAAAGUCAUUAUUUACCAAAUGUUUUUCGCGACCAGUUUCCGCCCUUCCAAUGUUCCGAGAACAAGACGACUUGUACGUGCAGCACCGCCCUUUUUCUGCCGGCGACGCCGCACGUAAGAACUACUAUUUCGACGAGACUGGUGAGAAAUUGCCAUCUAGUACUCUGUUCGCUACCCUCAUGGAGGAGAACUGGAACAAUGUUCCAAAGGCAAGUUCGUCUUGUGAUGAAGUCAGUUCUUUGUCCAUGGAAGAAACAAAGGAUGACAUGCAGGCGCAACUAACGCCUGGUUUGACGACGAAGCCUCCACUACCUCCUAAAACGGAAGUCUUCCAAAAGCAAUAUACAGAUUCCGGAAAGAAGCCGGAUAACUCUGAUGCCGUUGCUUCUUAUAUGAAGACUAUUUACGCAGACCAAAGUAAAGAUGUCGACAAAACGUCAGAGGAGAAGCCCUUAGGUUCGGAGUUUUCCGACUUGUCCGAUUUGGACUGGUACGAUGAAAAAUUAAAAGAAGUCGAUGUUAUGAGAAAAGAAGCUGAAACUGAUUUGUACUUACAAAAGUUGAAAACAGAACAUUGCGACAGCAAUCACACAGAUACGACAAAAAUCAUGGACCGAACAAGAAACAUUGAACGUUGGGAUGAUCUUCCGAAUGUUUCCGAAAUUGAUAUAGAAAAAUUGUUUCAGGAUGAAGUGGAGAAAAAGUUUGAUAAGUUUUUCGACAAGAAAGUCAAAAUUUUAAGUCCCAGAGAAGAGGAAUGUUUGGAAAUUAAGAAACCUGCAAUUUUAAAGAAACCUGUCAAGAAAACGCCGCUACCAAAAAUUCCAAAAAAAUUUGAACCAAAGCCAAUACAAACAAAUCCGACUAAAGAAGUACCAGAACGCAAGGACGAUGUAGAAACUUGGAUUGAAAUAAGACCUACCGAUAUAGAAAGUGCGUUGGAGUGCAAGAGCAAGAUGAAGAAGGCCAACUUUUUGGACACAUUAAUACAUGUUGAGGAUAUUGAAAAGUUUGUUGCACCAGAUGCCGUAGACAGUAGUGAUGAUAUUCCGCAACAUGACUCUCAUGAUUCGAAAUGUAGUAGUUAUGAUGAUCUAGCAACGAUUCUAGAAACGUUAGAGACUGAAGGAAUAAAAUCACAAAACAAAAUCGAAAGCGUGAAACAGCUGGUCAACAGUUCUCUAUCAUUGCCAGUUUUUCCGGAGAAACAAGAGUCGAAAAAGUUUCAGGAAAAAGUGUGCAAAGAUUUUGCCGAAACCUCCAGUGCAUCCGAAACUGACACAAAAGAACCAAAAGCAUCAGUUCGAUUUAGAGAUAUUGAGGAAACUAUUGAAGUGCCUCCUUUGUGGCACAAAGAAGUGUUCAGACCUCCUCAACCUGAUAUGUGUUAUCCUUCUACUUCUUACAGUUCAAACAUGAGCAAUAUUUUAAGUUUCCUUAAUGAAGUCGACAAAAAUUGCGACAAUACUCUUAAAACUGCCAAAGAGAGAGUUUUAAUGGCAUCAAAUCUAACAAAGUCGGCAAUACAAUUGGACACGUUGCCAAGAUUCGAUGAUUUGCGAAUUUUAACCAACGAAGAACUAUCAAAACAAAUAAUUGAACUGAGCCUUAGAGUUAAAGAAAAAAGUUCGGCUAUCAGUUUGCUCCAGAAUGAGAUGACAACUCUCAGAGAACAGAUUAUGAAACAUAACAAAGAGGCUGAUCAAAAUAUGAAAGAAAAACUCAAGUCUCAAAAGGAGGAAUAUGAGACGAUCAUUAAAAGACAUCAAAAAUUUAUAGAUCAGUUAAUUUCUGACAAAAAAGCUCUAAGUUCACAAUGCGAGAAUCUAAUACAAGAAAUGAAAAUAGUCGAAGACAGGUUCACAUCAAAUAUGAAGGCAGCCGAGGAACGACAUAGGAUUGAAAUCAGAAAGGUUAAGGAAAUGCACAUAGCUGGUGAAAAAAUUCGAAGGGACAGAUGGAUGGACAACAAAACAAAAAAAAUCAAAGAAAUGACUGUUAAAAGUAUUGAACCCGAGUUGCAAAGUAUGGAAAAACGUCACGAACAAGAACUGGCCGACCUCAGAACGCUGCAUAAGCGAGAAAUUGAAGAUCUAGAAUUAAAAGCGGCGCGAAAGCAACAACAAGCCUGUGAGGCACUCAGAGAACAACUGAUAAGCGAACGGGAGAAAAUUUUGGCGGGUGAACGAGAAGCUAUGAGGAUCAGAUAUGAACAACUGGUGGAAACUGAGGAAAAAAGUUACCAGGAGCAAAGGAAACGAUUGAUGGCGGAUCACGCAAAUAGAAUCGCCGAGUGCGAGGAACGAGAAGCUGCAGCCGCACACGAAAAAGAAAAGAGUAUUAAACAUGCACAGAUGGAAUACGAGGAGAAAUUAGAGACUGCCUUAAGGCGACAAGCCAAUGAAUUAAAACUAGCCAAGGAAAAUAUGCAAGUCGAGCUGGAAACUUGGCAGAACAAUUUUAAGAAGCAACAAUGUCAAGCGUUGCAAGAAAAGGAAAACGCCAUUAGAGAACAGAUGAGAAAAGAUAGAGAUAAGGAAAUCGAAAGUGUUAUAGAAAGACUAACUGAGGAAGAGAGGGAGAAUAAAAUACAGAACGAGAAGAGUUCAGAAAACAGAAUCAGGAGGUUGAAGGAAAAGUAUGAUAAAGAGAUUAAGGAUUUGGAGAUAGCGGAAAAGGAGGCCAAAGAGAAAUAUCUUGAGACUAAAUCUAAGUUGACGGUUACCGAAGAGGAAGUGCAAAACUUGAAGUCUUCCCUCAGAUCUAUGGAAAACCAGUUGCAAGAAUCUAAAGAGAGUUUGGACAAACUAAUCGGAGAGAAAAAUCAGAUAAGGGAUGAAGCGAGAAAAGAAGUGAUGGAAGAAAUUGAGGCACUGAAGGAAAAGGUGGAAUCUUUAAAGUCUUCUAGGGAAAAAGAAAUGCAACAACUGUAUGCUAGAAUAAAAGUUUCAGUUAAUAGAAAAGAUGAAUAUUUACAGGAGCUGACGAUGGAUCAUAAAGCUUUGCAAGAAAAAUGUAUUUAUUUAGAAAAGAUGUUAGAGGAUCAAAGAAAGGAGUAUUUGAUCAAUUAAAGAGAAUAUUAUAUUCAAGAGUGUGUACAAGUAUAUUUUACUAUGCAUUUAUACAAUAUAUUUAAUAUUUUUUACAUGUCCAUGUACUCUAAUCAUAAAUAAACAUUGAUGAAUAGCGAAA